AUGUUAAUAUUCCGAUUCGCCCUCUACACAUUUCUCCAAGCGCUGGCUUUGACUCAAAUUUAUGCACUACCGAGCGACAAUCCCCAACCAAGAAUCAACAAGAGAGAGGAGGUGGACCUCCAGGGCCAAAGGCUACCGUGGUUCGGAGAAGUAGUGACGCUCUACAUAGUCUGCUACAAGGAGAACUGGCACCCUGCCAUCAUCGCUAUUGCAAGCGACGGCUCAUCAUACCGCUGGCAUGCCGAAAAUUGGGCCUUUGCUCCAAGAAACGACUGGGAGUUGAGCGCACAGAAACGAUUCCCCUACGACAACAACUUCGUCAAGACCCUGUCGAAAAAAGUGGUACGAAAGAUCGGAGAGGUCAAAUGGCGGAGUUUAGACCAUGUUCUCGGGCAAAAAAGUCUAUUGCCCUCCAACGACGGCAGAUUAAAGGAGAACUGCUGGUGGUGGGCGCAAAGAGCGAUGAAAAAACUGGUGCAAGGCAAUUACCUCGACGAGGAGACAGCGCACAAGGCGUACACAGGCAUUAAGAGGUCCACUGCAUGGAGGGGGCGACCUUGGAGAGCGCCGAGGUGGCGGGAUAAAGUCUAA